CUUUUUUCCUUUCCCCAUUCCCAACCGUCAUUAUCAUUCAUCCGCAGGCAUGUCUGAUAAUACCGUAGCUGCCGACACCUCGUCGGCUCCUGUCCGCACGGCUGAAGCCGCGGACGCUGCUCCAGCUCCACAGAGUCAGAUCCAGAGUCAGACUGGAGCCACUCAACAGCCUACCGCAGCUGCAGACUCGUCCGACAAUGCUGCCAAUGUCAUUGUCGACGCAUCCACUACUGCUGGUGACAAUUCUGCCGCCAAUUCGGAUGUACCAGCAGCUGUGAGCCAAUCGGCUGCUGCCAACUCGAACUCCUCUUCUUAUCACGGAAACCAGAACCAGAACCAAUACUAUAACAAUAACUCCAAUAACCCUAAUUACCAGGGCAAUUCCUCGGGCAAACACUACAACAAAAACUACCAGGGAAAUAGACAGGGCAGUUACAGCGGCUCCGGUUCAGGCCCCCACACCAACAGACAACACUAUGGUCAGGGCUCCGGGCCUCAUCCCAGAAAGUACUCCAACUCCAACCCUUCAGGUAAUCCUCAGAAGUUGAACCACCACAACAAUAACAACCAGAACAACUAUUACAACGCAUACCAGGCCCAGGCCCAGGCUGCUGCUGCAAACAUGUACCAGUACAGCUACAUUCCCUACGGAUACCAAGUGUUGCCCAACAUGCCUAUGACUUACAGUGCCAUGCCUCCACAACAGUACGUGCCCGUUCCCCACCAGUUGACUCCGACUCCCACCAAGGUCAAAUUGACCACCAAGGAUGGAAAGCCUGUUGAUUUGGAAGAAAAGAAGAAGAAGACCUCGUCGGAAACGCCUGUCUCUUCGCCUGGUGCCUCUGUAGCUUCUCCUGUAGUCUCUAUCAAGUCUCCUGUAGUGACCUCUUCUUCCACUUCCUCCGAUUCUGGGGCUAAGGAGACUACCACCACUGCAUCUGCUGCCAUAGCCCCAGCCAAAUCUGCAUCCUCCAAUGCCGCUGUAGAAGAGUUCAAGAGAAAAAUCGCGGAAAGACUCGCAGCUAAGGAAAAGGAAAAGGAGCUUCAGCAAAAGGCUGAGGAAGAAAAGGAAAAGGCAGAACUUCAAAGAGUAAAGAAGGAACAAGAAGCAGAGGAAAAAGCUAAACAAGAAGCUCAAGCUGCUGAAGCUGCCGAUGCUGCGAAGAUUGCUGCUGAUGCUGAAGCUGAAGCUAUUGCUUCUCAACAAGAAUCGAAGAUAGAUAGUAUAGAAACUCCUGAAGCUGAAAUCAACGCGGAAGAAGUUGUUGGAGCUGAACCUGCAGAAUCUGAACCUGAACCUGUUUCAAAGGAAGAAGACGAGAUUAAAGAUGAUACCACUGAAGAAAUUGCUUCUGCUGACACCACUGAAGAAAUUGCUUCUGCUGACACCACUGCCACUGGCGAGGAAGGCGAAGAAGAAUCAGAAGAACCACAGGAACCAGAAUCCAGCUUUACUAUUUCCAACUUUUUGACCAGGUUAGAGACUGCUGAAGUCAUUGAAGAUCCUUUUACCACUAAAUAUCCAGAGAACAUUGUUGCUCCAGACUCAUCUAAGAAAUUGGAAAGCAAGAAAUAUAGAUACGAUCCAGGCUUCUUGAUCCAAUUCCGUGCAGUUGUUCAAUACCCAAUAGAUGCCGAAUUCAAGAGUCAAUUGGAAAAA